UUACUAUCUUUACCUCCUCCCUCCUCCUCCUCCUCCUCCUCACCCACGUCCUCCCCCCCGUCCUCUGUCCGUCCCUCUCACUGCACUCACUUCCUGGGCUCCACCCGCUGCACCUGUGACGUUGGAUUCACCAUUUCAGGCCGAGACAACAACAUCUGCACAGACAUCGACGAGUGCCUCCUGUUCCCCCUGGCUCAGCCCGGCCGGCUGUGUGUGCAUCAGUGUGUGAACACGCCCGGCAGCUUCCACUGCUUCUGCCCCGCCGGCUACGAACUGUCCAGAGACGCUCGCAGCUGCACAGACGUGGACGAGUGUGAGAACCGGAUGCACAACUGCUCAGCAGACCAGGUGUGUGUGAACACUUUCGGAGGUUUCCAGUGUGUGAAGGUGGAGUGUCCUCAAAUGAAGAACGCCACGUACAUCAAGACGUCAUCGAUGCGCUGUGAGAGGAACCCCUGCAUGUCCGGAGACAAGUCGUGCUCUCAGGCUCCAAACUCCAUCUCCUUCCACUUCCUGUCUGUGGUUUCCAACAUGGCCGCCCCCCGCGUCCUCUUCCGUGUGUCGGCGGCUCGAGUCCUUGGCGACACGCUGCGUUUCGGGUUGGCUGGCGGUCGAGGGCGAGGUCAUUUCAGCGUCCAGCGCUCAGGAAGACAGACAGGGACCCUUUUGUUGGUGACACCCAUCGAGGGUCCGUCAACUCUGGAGGCCGAAGUGGAGAUGAGUGAACUGGAGAGGAACCAGCUGCUGGGGCGAUACCUCACCAAGGUCACGCUGUUCGUCUCUCCGUACACAUUUUAGAGGGAGGAAACAUUCAUUUUGGGGGCGUUCAAGGUUUGUCAGUAUUUACCAUUGUUUGGUGUAAAGUUUUUUAAAAAUAUAUUUAUUUAAAAAGAUCAAAAGACAUAGUGUAAAACAAAU